GGUGGGUGGUAGUUGAUGAUGGUAGGCGAUAGUCAUGGUGCGCAGUUAGCGAUGAAAGUGGAUACAGUAAUGGUGAUUUUAUCUUAAACAAAAAUCUUUGAAUACAUAACCUCUUUCCCGCACCUGCUGACGUGUAUUUCUCCAAUUUAUUAUACUCAAGUUUACUACGCUUAUAUAAAGCUAAUAAACUUCCACAACUUACUCCAUAUCUGUCCUCUCUUGUACACUACAAAAGGCAUAAGCUCUCUCCCUUAAGUAGUCAUUGUCUUUCCUCUCUCAACUUACCAUUUCAUCCCAUCAGUCGCUCUCUGAUCUUUCAUACUUCUAAAACUACAAAAUCCUCUUUAAUUCCUUGAAAUAUCAAUUUCAUAUAGAGCUGAGAAAAAAAAAAAACUAACAUAAUGAAUAGUUGCACUAGCGCUUAUUGUCAUGGGGGUCCGUGCACUUGCGGUUUGUAUUACGGUCAAAGUAAUGGCACUUCUGCAUACUCAAUGUUCUACAACCAAUAUCAAAACAAUGAAAAUUAUCCUGAAAACAUGUAUUCUGUCUCUCCUCCUUCUUCAUCUUCAGUUGAUUGUACUCUUUCGUUAGGAACACCUUCCACUCGUCUUAGUACAAAUGAGAAUGAAAAGCGAGUUGAACGUCGCCCUUCUUCUUAUAUGUCCAAAUGCUGGAAUAUUUUACAGAACAAAAAUCAUACAACCUCUUCAUCCGUUCACAAGUCCGGUCGCAGUAGUAGCAAUAAUGGCAGCGCUAACUCAGGCGGCACUGACACAUUCGUUGCUCGCCGAUGUGCUAAUUGUGACACCACUUCUACACCUUUGUGGAGAAAUGGUCCUAGAGGUCCCAAGUCACUUUGCAAUGCCUGCGGAAUUCGUUUCAAGAAAGAAGAGAGGAGAGCCAGUGCUGCGGCAGCCACCGCUAACGGUGGGGGAAUGGACACACAACACAUGAUAAACGGGGGGUCAUGGGUUCAUCAUUCACAAUCCCAGAAAAUGCCGUGUUACUCUUCAGCCUAUGGAAAUGAAUUCAGGUUCAUUGAAGAUGAUGAUGAUCGUCAUGAUUCUGAUAAUACUGCCAUUUCCUUCUGGCCCUUCCUAGCCUCUCAGCAUUGCUGAUUAGCUUAUUAGAAACCUCUCAACAAGAAAGGAAACGGGAGGAUGGAUGCAGCAUUCAUUUCAAGUUUAAAAUUCAAGCAAAGGGAAUUUUGCUUUUUAAGUUUUCAAAUAUUGACAAAUUCUUGUUUUAGUCGCCUUUGAUCCUUCUACUUAUGAAUCUUUAUAUAUUUAACAAAUUACUAAUGUUUUAUGU